GUAGCCCCGGCCCCCUCUCCUCCCUGCGGUGAAAGAGGAGGCAUGUCCGCUGCCGCCUCCGCUGACAUGAUUGAAACCCCCCCGGUCCUCAACUUCGAAGAAAUCGACUACAAAGAGAUCGAGGUGGAAGAGGUUGUUGGAAGAGGAGCCUUUGGUGUGGUCUGCAAGGCAAAAUGGCGAGCUAAAGAUGUAGCCAUUAAACAGAUAGAAAGUGAAUCUGAAAGAAAAGCCUUCAUUGUAGAGCUUCGACAACUGUCACGAGUAAAUCAUCCCAAUAUUGUCAAGUUAUAUGGAGCCUGUCUAAACCCAGUGUGUCUUGUUAUGGAGUAUGCUGAAGGAGGUUCUCUGUACAAUGUGUUGCAUGGUGCUGAACCUCUGCCUCAUUAUACUGCUGCACAUGCCAUGAGUUGGUGUUUACAGUGUUCCCAAGGAGUGGCAUAUCUCCACAGUAUGAAACCAAAGGCUCUAAUUCACAGAGAUCUGAAACCACCAAAUUUGCUCUUGGUAGCUGGGGGGACAGUUCUAAAAAUCUGUGACUUUGGUACAGCCUGUGAUAUUCAAACACACAUGACCAACAACAAAGGAAGUGCUGCUUGGAUGGCACCUGAAGUUUUUGAAGGUAGCAAUUACAGUGAAAAAUGUGACGUUUUCAGUUGGGGUAUUAUUCUCUGGGAGGUAAUCACCCGUAGGAAACCUUUUGAUGAGAUUGGUGGUCCAGCUUUCCGAAUAAUGUGGGCAGUUCACAAUGGUACUCGGCCACCACUGAUCAAAAAUUUGCCUAAACCAAUUGAGAGUUUAAUGACCCGUUGUUGGUCCAAGGAUCCCUCACAACGGCCAUCCAUGGAGGAAAUUGUUAAAAUAAUGACACACUUGAUGCGGUACUUUCCAGGAGCUGAUGAACCUCUGCAGUAUCCUUGCCAGUAUUCAGAUGAAGGCCAAAGCAACUCAGCCACUAGCACAGGUUCAUUCAUGGACAUCACUUCUACAAACACAAGUAACAAGAGCGAUGCUAACAUGGAACCAAGUGAUUUCCAAGGAGCUUCUACCAAUGACACUAUUAAACGUUUGGAAUCAAAAUUGGCACAGCAAAUCAAAAAUACAGCCAAGCAGCCGGGUGAUCCUGGCCGUUUAAGUUUGCCCCCAUCUCGCGGGAGUAGUGUUGAGAGCUUGUCAGAUGUUCGCGCACGACCACCAUCAGCCCUUGUUUCCGGAGAAGCCAAAAGGAUGAGUGCUGACAUGUCUGAAAUAGAAGCAAGAAUAGCUUCCAUCACAGCCUAUUCCAAGCCUAAACGAGGCCAUCGUAAAACUGCUUCAUUUGGCAACAUUCUGGAUGUCCCUGAGAUCAUCAUACCAGCAGGAAACGGACAGCAGAGGCGCAGAUCCAUUCAAGAUCUUAGUGUUGCUGGAACAGAGUCCAGUCAGGAGAGUAGAAACAGCAGUAGAUCAUCUAGUCCUAGUGUGAGAAUGAUCACUACCUCGGGACCAACCUCUGAAAAGCCAACACGUAAUCCAUGGACACCAGAUGAUGCAGAUUUCAUUGCCCUGACAUCUGGAAUUAAAUGUCUCAUAGCUGCUCUUGGAAAUAGCAUAGUCUUUGAGGGCAACACCUUAGUUUCUCUACCACGACUACUCUGUGGCAGGUGCUUUUGGGGUAUGGAGACCAAUGGGUCAGAUAACUCCAUCCCAAUGGCAUAUCUCACAUUAGAUCAUCAGUUACAGCCUCUAGCACCAUGCCCAAACUCCAAAGAAUCCAUGGCUGUGUUUGAACAGCACUGCAAAAUGGCACAAGAAUAUAUGAAAGUUCAGACAGAAAUCGCAUUGCUGUUGCAGAGGAAACAAGAACUAAUAGCAGAACUGGACCAGGAUGAAAAAGACCAGCAAAACACAUCCCGUCUUGUACAAGAACAUAAAAAGCUGUUAGAUGAAAACAAAAGUCUCUCAACAUACUAUCAGCAAUGCAAAAAACAAUUAGAGGUCAUCAGAAAUCAGCAACAGAAGCGGCCAGGCACAUCAUGAUUUCCUGGGACCUUUCAAAUGAAAAAUAUGCACAGAAAAGACUGACUUUUUUAUUGUUAUUAUUAUCCCUUAUUAUGACAGCUCAUGAGUGUUAGCUUCUUGGUGUGAUCUGUACUUGUCUGCUACACUUAACAUCAUUUAAUUUUCUUUUUUCUAGGUGAAAUCCAGUUCAACAGGUUAAUUGAAUAGGGUGAAAAAACAGUGACUUGAAUUAACCAAUAGCCCUCAAUUUAAAGCGAGAACAGUGGCUGUUUGCAUGCUCCUAGUGUGAAGGCUAGCCUAACAAGUGUUGAGGAGGCUGCUAAAUUGUGAGAACUUAUUUUUAGUUUUUGGUGUUACCUCAGUAAGAGCAAAAAAAAACUUUCCUGUUUAAGAAUGGUUUUGUUCCAGUGUCUCAUCUCAAACUAUGAUUAUGAUGAUUAUUUUCAUAAUAAACUGAAACAUGCACCAAGCUGCAGAGGUGGUGUUGGCUGACCAGAGUAAUUCAUGAUGCAUUAGUGAUGCCUUUUACCUGUAGACAUAGUGUAUUUUUUCCACAUGCAAAAUGGUAGGCAAACUGAUGCCAACAUUCUUGGUUCAGUGCUUGAUAGCCCUGCAUUUUUGACUAAUAUAUUUCUUGUAAUCUUGCAUUCAUAAAAUAUUUGAAGUAAAAGGCUGUAUUUUGUUUACUUUCUUGGGGUGAAUGACAUGCAGUUUCAUUUAAAUACAGGCCAAAAGUUAGGAAGGUAAUCACUGGAUAGAGUUGGUCCCUUGUAUAAAAGAGAUACAAUCAAAAGUAUGUAAAAGCGUGUUUUAAAUCUUUACAGCUUUUGUCCCUGUAGAAUCUUUGAAAGGAAAUUCAGAAAGAAAAUUAAUACAGAACUUGAAAUACUUUCUCCCUUUGUUUUUGCUCCCUUAUUGAUUUUGCUUCAGGAGUUUUUUUUCUUAAACUUAUUUGGUGAAAAGCAUUUACCAUAAAUGUAAAUAAGUUUGUUUUAGAUAGAGAGAGAAGAGUUUGGGGAGAUGACUUUAUUUUAAAUAGCAAAUUAUAAAAUGGAGUUGAGUAUGCAAAUAGUGGAAACUAUUAAGAAAAUGAGGGAAAUAGCUUAGAUCUCCAUCAGGAAUCUCAGUUAUUCCACUCAUUUGAACAUAUCUCAAAGGAAGUUCAUCACAGAAUGCCUGCUGCCUUUUGUGACUGAAGAAUUGCAUUUAAUGAACUUGAGUGGACUAUGUAAUGCUCAGUGUUGUUAUUUACCAUUAUUACAU